CAGAUCGGUUGCGCACACAUUAUGCGCAUGAUGCGUUCGCCCCGUGCGCCUGCCGAAUUCCUGCCGCUCGCGAUCUCCUAUUCGACUCGGUCGCGCGCGCUGAACGAAACGUGUUCCAUGUCUCUCUAUAAAAAGGGGCUGUAAAAGUGUCGCAGUGUUGCGGUAGGUGAAAAUUGUAUUGCCCGCAGGAAGAAGCAGGAUUACACUUUUCACAUGACGAGCAUCGAGCUCUACACGAAGGGGACGAAAGUAUGGAUCCCUCACCCAGAGGAAGUAUGGGUCGGUGCAGAGCUGCUGGAGAACUACGUACCCACAAAGAAGUCCCUCCAGAUACGCACAGAUGACAGCCAGUCGAAAACGCUGGCGAUUGCCAGCGAAAACGACCUGCCCUUCCUUCGUAAUCCAGCCAUUCUCAUCGGCGAGAAUGACCUCACUUCCUUAUCCUAUCUCCACGAACCCGCCGUGCUCUAUAAUUUACAGGUGCGCUUCUGCCAGAACCGCUACAUCUACACUUAUUGCGGUAUUGUGCUGGUCGCAAUUAAUCCGUACGAUGAGUUGCCUAUUUACGAUAUGGAUACAAUAUGUACUUACCGAGGUCAACCAAUGGGCGAUCUGGAUCCUCACAUUUUCGCUGUGGCAGAAGAUGCGUACACUCAAAUGGAACGCGAGCAGCGCGAUCAGAGCAUUAUUGUUUCGGGUGAAUCUGGCGCUGGAAAAACAGUCAGUGCAAAAUACACAAUGCGAUAUUUUGCGACCGUGGGCAGUAAUGCAACCACCGAAACGCACAUUGAACGAAAGGUGCUCGCGAGCAGUCCUAUUAUGGAAGCCAUCGGUAACGCCAAAACUACACGAAACGAUAACAGUUCUCGUUUUGGUAAAUUUAUCGAACUGCAGUUUAACAAACAGAAUCAGAUCAGCGGUGCAUCAAUGCGUACCUAUCUUUUGGAAAAGUCCCGUGUAGUUUUCCAAGCUCCUGAUGAGAGAAACUAUCACAUCUUCUACCAACUUUGUGCCGCACGGAAGAGUCUCCCAUAUUUAGAGUUGGAUGAUUGUACUAAGUUUUUCUAUCUGAUCCAAGGAGGAAAUCCGUAUGUUGAUGGGGUUGAUGAUUUUAAAGCUUAUGAAGAAACUCUCAAUGCUUUGAACUUAUUAGGUUUUAAAGAGGAUGAGAUUACGAAUGUUUUUAAAAUUGUGGCGGGUAUUUUACAUCUUGGGAAUAUUGAGUUUCGGGAAUGCAUGAUUCAACAAGAGAACGAGCAGGACCAAGAGGGUUGUGGGAUACAGAAAAAUGACAAACAUCUAAAACACCUUGGUAAUCUCCUUGGAGUAGACACAGCGGCUCUUCAACAAUGGCUCUGUAUAAAGAAAAUUGUCUCUAUGCGAGAGGUUUUUAUGAAGCCCAUGAGUAUACAACAAGCAGUCAUGUCUCGUGAUGCGCUUGCCAAGCAUAUUUAUUCGGAAUUGUUCAACUGGAUUGUGGUGAUCAUCAACAAAGCGCUCGAAUCGGAUGUCCCCAGGCAUAAAUGUAUUGGAGUGCUUGAUAUCUACGGGUUUGAGACCUUUGAGAUCAACUCGUUCGAACAGUUCUGUAUUAAUUAUGCUAAUGAAAAGCUGCAGCAGCAAUUCAAUAUGCAUGUCUUCAAGCUGGAGCAAGAGGAGUAUAUCAGAGAGGAGAUCGAGUGGAAAAUGAUAGAUUUUUAUGAUAAUCAGCCUUGUAUUGAUCUGAUUGAGGCAAAACUUGGGAUAUUGGAUCUUUUAGAUGAAGAGUGUAGAAUGCCAAAAGGAAGUGAUGCGUCAUGGACAGAAAAGCUCUACUCUAAAUGCGUAAAGUAUUCUCACUUUGGAAAGGCAAGGUUUGGUACAACAGCCUUUAUCAUCAAUCAUUUUGCGGAUAAGGUGCAAUACGAAAGCUCUGGUUUCCUUGAAAAGAAUCGGGACACUGUGAUUGAGGAACAGAUCAAUGUGAUCAAAAACGGAAGCAACCCUCUUCUACAACGGGUUUUUGGUGUAGAGGUUGAGAAACUUGGUCCUUCGAAAUCCGGUACUAAACUGAAGAUAAUUUCUGCGAAACAAACAGCAACCCCUGCAAAAUCUCACAAAAAGACAGUGGGAUCACAAUUCAGAGACUCUCUAAAUAUGUUAAUGAGUACACUUAAUGCUACAACACCGCAUUAUGUCAGGUGUAUCAAACCUAACGAUACCAAGACAUCGUUUGACUUUAACCAGAAAAGAGCAGUGGAACAGUUGAGGGCUUGUGGUGUUCUUGAGACUAUUAGAAUUUCCAGUGCAGGUUUUCCAAGUCGCUGGUCCUACCAGGACUUCUUCUACCGUUACAGAGUGUUGUGCAAAUUUAAAGAUAUUAACCGAAAUGAUAUGAAAAUUACGUGCAGGAAUAUUCUAACGAUGUACAUUAAGAAUGAAGAUAUGUAUCAAUAUGGUAAGACGAAAAUUUUCUUCCGAGCUGGGCAAGUGGCGUAUUUAGAAAAAUUGAGGGCCGAAAAGUUGCGAAAAUGCUGUAUUAUCAUGCAGAGUACUGUUAGGGCUUUUGUUUGGAGAAAGAAGUACUUGAGGAUUACCAAUUCGAUAUAUAACAUUCAAAGAUAUGCAAGGGGUUAUCUUGCAAGAAGAUUGGCUGAUAAACUACGAAGAAAUAGAGCAGCCAUCACGAUCCAACGUUACGUGCGCGGAUGGGUCAAAUGGUCACAAUAUAAUAAGAAGAAGAUGUUGAUGAUCAAUAUCCAAAGAUACGCUCGAGGAUACCUGGCAAGAAAGAGAUUUAUGGCGAUGAAAUAUAAUGCUAUGGCACUAGUUAUACAACGUUAUGCUCGCGGAUACCUCGCAAGGCGCUCGAUGCUCAAACGCAAACGUCAGAUAAUUCUCUGUCAGGCAACCAUCCGCCGCUUUAUCGCACGUCGCAGAUACAAACGCAUGCGAAUAGAAGCACGUUCCAUUGAACACGUGAAGAAGCUGAAUAAGGGUCUGGAGAACAAGAUCUUCAUGCUGCAACAAAAGAUUGAAGACCUCAAUGUUUUCAAGGAAGAAUCCCAUAAGGCUCAGAACGAAAUCAGUGAUCUCAAAGCACGCAUGCUUACCUUCAAAGCCAUGGAGGUAGAAAUCAAGAAUUUGAAGUCCCUAAUCAUUAAAAAGAAUGAUUCUAUCCGAGAUCUCGAAACUUCUGUGAAGCGAGAACAGGAGGAGAAGAUGGAUCUUGUUCAUGAGCAAGAAAAGUACCAGAAGGAGAUUGAUGAAGAGAGGAAUCACUGGGACGAGGAAACUAGUAAACUUCGAAAAGAGUUGGAUAAUAUUAACGAAGUGCUAAGAACUAGUGAGCAAGGCACCGAGGAAAAAAUCAAGGUCCGUUUAGAGGAAGAGAAGUUGCUACUGCAGAAACAACAGGAUAAUGAAACUGAUGCCUACCAAAGACUGCUUGAGGAAUAUCAUCAACUGGAGACGCAUUGUGAAAACCUCCAGGGUCAACUGCAUGAUAUGAACCGGUCCAGCCACAUAAGAAAUGGACAUGAUAUGAAUUCUUUAACUAUUGAACAAUCGUCAGAGUUUCCCGAUCAUGGUUAUGGUUCAGUGAGGUCUACAAGCUCAAAUAAUUCUCACGUAAAGUUGGAAAACAUUGAAUGGAAGACAGAUUCUGAUACCAAUAAUGGAGAAGGUGUCCCAGAAGGGCCCGAAAGAACACCUUCGAGUUCUAGUUCCAGUGAAAACACCAAAUUUGAAGCUAAUAAAGUUGAUGUUGCAUUGGUUCUUAAAUUGCAACAUAAACUUGCAGAGGUUGAACGAGAAAAGGGACGAUUACAGAAACGCCUUGAUGAUUUAGAGUUGUCACCAAGGACUGAAAGCGCAGAGAAAUCUUUUUGCGACAGCAUUAAGAUUUCAGAAAUGGAAUUGUCGAAUUCUAAUCUGAAAUCCCAACUAAUGGAAUUGCGAUCUGCUUUAGAUGACGAUUCCGGUGGUAAAAAUCAGUUGUCUAUCCAAUUGCGGAACCUCCAAGUUGAGUUGGAUCGAAAAUCUGAAGAGAUUAUUCAGUUGAAGAGUGUUCUUAGUAAUCAAACUAACAACUUGAAGUCAUUGGUUAGCUCAAAAUCUAGAACUGGUGAGUACAUAAACGAAGAUGGCGAAUUGGCACUUGCUUAUGAAACACAAAAGACCAUUAAUAAACAACUGGAACUUGAAUUGCAAGAUGAAAAAGUAAAGUACAAAGCUCACGAAAAGGAGUACAAACUAGAGAUUGACAAGUUAAGAGAAGAUAACGAAAGGCAACAAAAGAUUUUGUCUUCAAAUCUUCAAACGACACCACAAAGUCAAACGGAAGCUUUUAUGCAACUUGAAAUUACUCGUUUAACCGCAGAGAACCUCCAACUUGUUGAUAACAAUGACCUACUCAGCGACCAAUUACGAAAAUUAAAGAAACAACUUAAGCUCCUGCAUCGCAGAUUGAAGGAAUUGGGGAUCGAUUUGGAUGAUACCGUAAAGGAUGACAUUAUCAUUAGUGGUACCUCUGCAGUUGCUACUAAACACUCUCGAAGUAUGCCAUCUAUUAAAAAGAAAGACACAGGUUUUGCGGGCAUGUUUGCGUACAAGGAGGGGGCCGAACCCGCAAUUGUGCGCGCAUUGAUUCUCGAUUUAAAACCAAGGACAGCCGUAACACUCCUUCCAUGCUUGCCGGCUUACAUUUUAUUUAUGUGCGUGCGUCACACUGAUUAUACCGAUAAUGAAGAAAAGGUACGACUGCUAUUAUCGCAGUUUGCAAAAGCAGUCAAGAAAGUAAUACGUCGGCGGCAGGAGGACAUUGAGACGAAAGCGUUAUGGUUAUCAAACACUCUGCGUCUGAUUCACUGCAUGAAGCAAUACAGCGGUGACAAAGACUAUCGGGCUAUGAAUACGGAGAAGCAGAACGAACAACGCUUGCGGAACUUCGAUCUUUCUGAGUAUCGGCAGAUGAUUUGCGAUAUGGGCGUUUUUAUUUACCAAGUUUUGGUGGAACAAAUGAAAGAGAGAAUUCAGCCACUGAUAGUUCCCGCCAUUUUAGAACACGAGGAGAUACAAGGUCUCACUGGCGGUAAACCUGGUUUUAGAAAACGAGCCACCAGCGUGGCUGAGAGCCCUGUAGUGGAAACUGUAAAACCCACAACGGCCCUUUUGCAAGAACUCUCCAGUAAACACAAGAUACUCACGUUUUACGCUGUUGAUCCAGAUGUUAUUUCACAAAUAUUUAAGCAGAUAUAUUAUUUCAUAUGUGCGUCGAGUCUAAAUAACUUGCUCCUACGUAAAGAACUCUGUCAUUGGUCCAAGGGCUUCCAGAUACGGCAUAACAUCUCACAUUUUGAGAUGUGGACACGAGAAAAACAUUUGGAUGAGGCACCUAUCCAGGCGGCACUUCAGCCGAUAAUUCAAGCUGCUCAAUUACUACAAGCGAGGAAACACGAAGAAGAUGUAGACAGUGUUUGUGAUAUGUGCAGCGCGUUAACUGCAAUGCAGAUCUGUAAAAUUCUAUCUCUGUACACUCCGGUCGAUGAGUUUGAGCAACGGGUGUCUCCGACCUUCAUCAGAAACGUUAAAGCUAAACUGGGUACUAGAGAUCCAGAUGGCGAUAAUCAGAGUCUUUUAAUGGAUAUUAAAUACCGGUACACAAUUCGCUUCCCGUUCAAUCCGUCAGACAUCCAUUUGGAGGACAUCGAUAUUCCGGCUGCCAUUGAUUUGCCCAUGUUGGAAAAAUUAUAAGUGAGUGGGGUUUGUAAUCUAAUUAAAUUGUUAUCAUUUGUUGCCUUUACGAAACCACCAAAAAGAAAUCAUAAACACAAAAACAAUGGGCACAUACUUAUUAACUAUAAAUAAUCUGAACACAUUUAGAAAAAAAUACUACAAAACGUAGAAGCGAUUUUUGAUUUAGAAAAACAAACGAAGUAAACAUAGUUCAAUAUACGAUAGCGAAGAGUAGAGCUGAAGACGUAAAUUUUAGUUAACCAAAUGCUAAGAGAAGCCUACGAACGUUAUUUAUCCAAGUGUGUAUAUAAACAAAGUAUGACUAUGCGUACCUAAACAUUAUGAUUUUAACGUAUAUUGUCCUAAAAGCAUAAAAUCGUGUACAUAUUAUUAGGAUGCAUUUUUACCUUCGUGGUUAAUUAAUUUGCUACAAAAUUGAUUUCAAUCGAUCAUAUCUUUCACUAAAUUCUAUUUAGUGCCAUUUAUAUUUAUAUGCGGUCUAAAAAUAGUUUAAAUAGAUAAUUGGUUAUCAUCCAAUGUUACCAUUUAGUUUUUGCAAUCAUCCAACUAAAAAACGAGUAGGCAAUAUGUCAAUUUUAAUUGCAAUAAUUUCAUACGUACUUUAAAUUAAAGUUAUUAAAAUAUGGAGAUGGAAAUAAAAGUGACCUAGGGAAAUUCAACUUAGAAAUGUGAUGGAAAAAUACCUGAGAAACGUGUUACAAACUAAUGAAUACAGAGAUUUAUGGAAUGUUAGCAGCUGAUAUAGAUUUAAUUGAUAUACUUAUAAAACAUAUACAAAACGAAGAUAAUAAAACAAAUAUAAACAAAUAGGUGAAAAUAUACAGAAGUACGAGUAAAAUGUGUGGAAUGUGUAUAAAUAUACUUUUAUUAUCCGAUACGGGCAAUAUGAAAGUUAAUUAUAUUUAUUGGUUUCUGUUCGUAUAAUUUGUAAAUUAUUAACAACACUUAUAAAUAUAUUUAAUUAGUAAAAUACCAGAUUCUUAAUAUAAGUAAAUAAAUUUAAUAUUAGCAACAUGUUGAAUAUGCGGUAAUUAUAUUAAAGAAAAUAUUUUGAAACUUGAAUGUUUUAUCAUAUGUUAAAGAUUUGUGUACUAAUACACAUUUUGUUGAUUAAAUGGAAAAUAUGAACAAUUAA